AACGGCUAUGUGUGAUACUAGAUAUUGGGUGAGUGGGAAUUUGGAUCCCACGGUACGCACAUCUGGAUCUAUAUAAGUAGCCCUGGAUACACGCUUAUACAGGCAAAUGAAUAGGUCCUGUUAGCUGUACAGCUUAUAUCUCUGAAACGGAACAAAAGUCUUCACUCUUCUGGAUUGCAGGAACACAUGAUGUGUUCAUAAUGGCAAACUGCCAUUCAUGUGAAAGCUCUUUUACCUCUGUUCCUCUAGCUGUAAUACCGCCUAAUUCAACAAUUUCACUAAAAGCCUUAAAUAAAUUAUGGAACCAAGGGUUACUACAACCAGAUUGUCUUUCUUCACCUAAACAUCAAGUGCUACAGUCCACCUUAAAGUAUGGUUGGACAGGUGCCCCUGACUGUCCUAAUCUCAAGGUCAUCAAACCAAGAGCUCGUCACAGAAAGUAUAUGUCAGUCAUUACUAAUCAAAAAUCAUGUGAAAUAGACAGUAUUUUCUCUCCAGAAAAAUCAAAUGUCUCUGAAUCACCACUCAAAGCAUUUCAAAGGAUGAAGGAAUUGGUUGCCCAAGACAAGAUGCAGAAGACUAAAACAAAUAUUUCCACUGUUGCGAACAACAAAUUGGAUAUGUUGUUAACUCCAUUUUCAAAGACCUGCGAUUAUAAUGCAAACAAAGUCAAAUGUUACAAUAAAAAUUACGCCCAGGAACUUACAGUGUGUGAUGGCUUUUGUGUCCGUGAAAAGCCUUCUCUAGAUGAAAGUUCUACACCACCCAUAGACCGUAUCUUCAGUCAAACAUUGCACACUUCGGGGCAACACAAUGUUGUAAGCGGUUGUGGGAGUAGGAUUGUGGAGAGCAGUAAUUUUGCCAGUACAGAUACUGGGAAUGAGUCAGACGAUGAAAUGUCCGAAAAUAAUGGAGCAUUGAACAAGGAGACUUUGACUCCUGAAAUCUGCAAAGCAUCAUCCUCAAGAAAUCUUCAGAAUGGCACUUUUGGAAAGGAUUCUUAUGUUGAAAACAGACCCUCAGCCUAUAUUGGUGUCAAAGCCGAGAGGUUAUUAAAGGAUAUGAAUCUGUGUGAUGUAUUGCGAAGUUCCCUUAAAGUUCAUAUACCAAAGAAACAAAAGGCUAAAAGUACAGAAGUACACACAAAAAAACCCACAAGAAAUCGCAAAGAGGUUACAUUACAUGAGUGGGUUGUGAAACCUGUGGGGACCAGUGAUGUGUGUGUUGAAGGAAAGCGCACGGAUAUGGAGGAUGUUGACUGGCACAGCAGUGCUAUUGUGGAACGUGUUAACUCUUACAAAGUAAAAACCCUUUCUGGUCAAAUAUAUAAAUUAAAAGGAGACCCUGAUCUUGACGCUAUGAAGUUAGCAGGUUUCAACGCAGACUUUAUUCAGAAGUUUAAGCUGGGAUUUCCUGUUAAUUGGAAGACUGUUAUGGAUCAGUUUUUCAUGAGAACAAAUUGCCAAGUCAAGUCAAAACAUAAAGUUCAACUAGCAAAGAUUUACCAGCCUGUUCUGGGAAGGCCAAGCACAUUCGAUUCCAACAGCCCCAAAGCAAUGGACAUUCAAGAGAAUAUAAGUAGAAAGAAUAAACCAUGCAAGUCCUUAUUAAAGAAAUUAGAAUUGAUAACGAAAAUAAGCCAAACUGACCAACAGAGUCCUGGAGACGCAGAUGUAAUGGAAAACCAAACAAAUGUCUUUUCCCAAAGGGACAAAUCAAAGAGAAACUCGCACCAUCAAAACUCUUAUACAGAUGAACAAAAACACGAAGAAAGCACUCCCAUGUCACAAUCUUCUUUCUGUAAACUCAAGGUCAGUCGCAGUGGUCGGGUUCUAAAACCAGUUCUGAAAGAUUUGUGUUGGGAACAACUGGCAAUGAACAAAGACUUCAACACUACAUUUGAGGAAGGGUGCCCAAAGGAACUGGAUACCUUCUCUAACUUAAAAAGUCGGACAUCGUCACGGAAAACUGAACUCCACUGUGGUUCAAUUAGCCCUGGAAAAGCAGAAUCUGAUGGUGAGAGAGACCAGCUUCAAAGAGAACCUACCAUACGGAAACUAAGAUCAGCAGGUUCUGCUGAGAGCAGUCUGGGAUAUACUACUGACUAUUCUUCUCGUAGAGGGUUGGAUAGAGAAAAAGCUUGUUCUGAAAACUUGCAUUUGAAUAAAACCUAUUUUUUGAGAGGCCGUUUCUCAGACUUUUCAGAAAGUGCAUCAGAAAUAGAGUAUCUACAAGGAAAAUCAGUCACUUGGAAUCUGACAUCAUUGGGCACAGGGAGAGUUGAAAACAAGGCAGACGGUGCCACUGACCGCUCUGCUUGUAGCAAACUUCCUAGAAAUCAGGCUGGUCUUGCUUAUUUGGAAAGGAAGGUACAUAAAGCACCAAUCGUCACAUGCACUGAAAAAAAUUCAAUCACAAUGCAUACAUUUAGCCCUGAAAAAACGGAUAUUGAGAAAUGCACAAAAAAAUCACCUGUUGUUUUGCUGACUCCUUUGAUAUCCAAAGAUAAAUUGAAGGCAAGAUGUGUUAGUCAUAAUCUACAAUAUAAAACUCCAGUAAAGAUCCAUCCUGAUUACUGCAGUAUUGAAAGUCGACCAGAUACGUUUGAAACUGAAACAAAAUUAAUUCCCAAAACCCUGAAUUUAAGAAAAACUCCCCAGAGCUUUGCGUCUGAUUUUGAUCUGGUUUCAUUUGACUCGAAAACUGUGUCAAAACCGUUUGGAUAUCAGAAUACCACAUGUGGACCUGACACUAUAAUGAGCAAUCACAAAGACUCUGCAGAAAACAAUGAGUCGAAUUUCAACAGCCAUAGUGUUUUAACUAAGAAAUAUGGUCAAGAAUAUGCAGGCCACAAGCAGGAUGAUCAUUCUAGUGCUGUGGCCACUUUCCCAGAAAAAAAAAGGAGAUUCUGCCAAGGUGUGGUGAAGGUUGCUGUAACAAGCUCUUCAGAGGAAUGCCAUACAAAAUUUAAGAAACAGCAAGUUGUAAAGGCAUCUAAAGCAAAAUCAGAAAAGCUAAAUAAAUCUGAAAAAAAUAACCAAAACGUUGGUUUAGAAGGGAAGGCCAUAAAGAUAACUGCGAAAGUGGGAACAUUAAAGAGAAAAAAACAGAUGAGAGAAUUUUUGGAACAGAUUCCAAAGGAUGAUCAUGAUGACAUUUUUAGUUCUACGCCAUUCAGAAACAAGCGAGUAAAGCUUCCAUCCAUGAAUGUAUCAAGCGAUGAUUCCUUUGAACUGGCAAAUGCCAACCUAACACCAUCAUCAAAAAUAUUUCCAUUGGAUGCCACCCCCCAGUGUGACCAUCUCACUCCAGGAAUGCUGAAACCAGUGGACCGGUCUGAUGCAGACAAGUACAUGUACAGAUUACAAAAAAGUACAAAAAGAAACUGGUUUAUGACCUAUGACAAGAUUAAAAAGAAACCGGCUGGACCUUUACAAACACCUGUUUCUCGAAGAACAUCCUCAUUAACAAAUGGUCCUAAAGACACUUCCAUCAUUGGGAAACUAUUGACAGUCGAGGAACCUGUCUCAUCAGAUGAAGAUCAAGAUUAUUAUUUUUGCUCAUCUCCCUAAGGGAGUGCUGUCAGAAGUUUCAUUUUUUUAAAGUUUAUUUCAAAAGGAUUGUUUGCAAUUGUGUAAUAAUUGGCAGUUGCCUUGGUCGGUCUGCAAGGGAGCAGAUUUGCAGGCUCUGUGUCAACCUCUUUUCUAUUAUUCCUCUUGCUGACAUUCUCCCUAAUAACUAUAAAGAAAAAGGGAAGACCUACAAAAAGAUAGUUUUGAAGUCCCUCUGAUACCUAGCUCCACUUUCAAGGAUUAUCCCGAAAACCUUUAAAAUAGAAUGAAG